UUUCCUCCUUUCUUUUUUUGUUGUUGUUGAAUCUUGUUUGAUCGAACACUUGCUUUACACGUCUGCUACCUACAGUACUAUAUACAUGCUUGGGGAUUUUAUCUAUUUAACCCUCAUAAUUUAAUCGACCGGAUCUAUUUAAACAGCUAAUGAAAAAAAGAACCGUGCGUCGAUAAAACAUUAACCUGGAGCUUCUUCGACUGAGUCCGGAGACACUGGGGAGGCAAGCUCAAACUGGGCCGAGGCGAUACAUCUGUCGGUGGAUAAUAAUAUUAUCUGAAUUAUAAAUGAUUAUAAAGCACGGGUCUGCGGAUUGCUAGCCGAGCUACUGCCGUUUCGCCCUGGAUCUUGGAUCCUGCAGCUUCGCCCGGUUAUUGCGGCUCUCGCUGGCUGCCCCUAAGUACCCGAGCAGGAUUCCGAACCAUCUCUCCGCAAACAAGCCAAAUCGCAUCUUCUGGGGCUUUUCUCUUUGCCCUGCUGUCCCUCCCCGUCGCCAUUUGCUGGGCGGCCGGGGUGGCUCGCUGACUGGCUCUGCUUAGCCGCCGUUAGCCUUUUGUUCAAGCCCGGUGCUGUUUGCAGGGGUGGGGGGUAGUAAGGGGGCUUUGCGGAUCCGCUACGGCAGUCUGUGCGCGGUUUUAAGGGUCGAGCUUCCCGGCUACUCCCAGCAUGUCGCUCCACGGGAAGAGAAAGGAGAUCUACAAGUACGAGGCGCCAUGGACGGUGUACGCCAUGAACUGGAGCGUCCGGCCGGACAAGCGGUUCCGCCUGGCGCUGGGCAGCUUCGUGGAGGAGUACAACAACAAGGUGCAGCUGGUGGGCUUGGAGGAGGAGAGCUCAGAGUUUGUCUGCAGGAACACAUUUGACCACCCCUACCCCACCACAAAGAUCAUGUGGAUCCCAGACACCAAGGGAGUGUACCCGGAUCUCCUGGCUACCAGUGGUGACUACCUCCGCAUCUGGAGGGUGAGUGACACAGAGACCCGUCUGGAGUGCCUGCUCAACAACAACAAGAACUCUGACUUUUGUGCACCACUCACAUCCUUUGACUGGAAUGAGGUUGACCCCAACCUUCUGGGCACUUCAAGUAUUGACACUACCUGCACUAUCUGGGGGCUGGAAACUGGUCAAGUGUUGGGCCGAGUUAAUCUGGUGUCUGGUCAUGUGAAGACUCAGCUAAUUGCCCAUGACAAGGAGGUGUAUGACAUUGCCUUCAGCCGGGCAGGCGGUGGCAGGGAUAUGUUUGCUUCGGUGGGGGCCGACGGCUCAGUGCGUAUGUUUGACCUGAGACACCUUGAGCACAGCACCAUCAUUUAUGAGGACCCCCAGCACCACCCCCUGCUACGUCUCUGCUGGAACAAACAGGACCCCAACUACCUGGCCACCAUGGCCAUGGAUGGUAUGGAGGUGGUAAUUUUAGACGUGCGGGUCCCUUGCACUCCCGUAGCACGGCUCAACAACCACCGUGCCUGUGUGAACGGCAUCGCAUGGGCACCGCACUCCUCCUGUCACAUCUGCACAGCAGCUGAUGACCAUCAGGCCUUGAUCUGGGAUAUCCAGCAAAUGCCAAGGGCUAUCGAGGAUCCUAUCCUGGCCUACACUGCCGAAGGGGAAAUUAACAAUGUGCAGUGGGCCUCCACACAGCCUGACUGGAUCGCCAUCUGCUACAACAACUGCCUGGAGAUCUUAAGGGUCUAGCUGUUGACAUGGAUUGUUCGAGGUGGAGGUGGUGCGGUUGGGAUAGUAAUGUAAAGACAGGUGCUUAGACUUUGGCUGUUGUAAUGAAUAGAUGUGUGAGAUUUUUGUUGAGUUCUGCAUGAGUAGAUCAAUUUCUCGCACAACUCUCACUGGAAAGCACUGUUUUUAGUCAUGGGCUCAGAAAGGUUUUAUUUUUGCUGUAAAUAUUUAUGUUAAUAUUUAAUAUUUUAUUGUAUAUCAGUGUCUGCUUGUCUUAAGUAACUCAGUCUGAGUUGAAAAUUCAAAGGCUGACUAGCCUUCUCUCUGCAGUCCCGUUUUUUUCUUUAAAACUUUUCCAGGUACAGUGGAAUAUAAUAUUCACCCAGCUCCUUUAUUUAAAUUUACACAAACUGUGAAAUAGUUCAGUCUCAAAAAGAUUUGUGAGGUAAAUGUGUAGAACAAUCUGCAUUCUAUGUAAGCUCCAUAUUGUCUGUUAGUCCAUAAUGAGAAUCUUUUUUUCCCCCUUUCCAGUGUGUCAACAUAUGAGCCAGUGGCUUGCAUGCUGGUGUGACACAAACGAAAGGUGGUUAUUUUUCAGCCAUCAGUCGGAUUCUGAAUGUCAUGAACCUAUUUCAGAGGUUUUUUCUUAAAUCCUUACUUCCAGUAUUUUCCUUCUCCGUGUCAGUUGCUUCGCUCUGCCCUAGUUGGACACUUAUACCACCGUUUAUUACUUUUUUGUUGUUCUUUCCAAUAAAACCACUUGGUCAAGCUGCCAAAA